UAAAAACUUGGCGUUAGUGCAGUCGAUUUUUUAAUUUUACACCUUCUGAUAAUACUGUUUUUUAAAUUGUGUUUUACUCGGAAUAAUGAGCAAAACUACGCUUGCCAGCUACAGUAACUGCAUGCAAGUAAUUUGUGCGGAGAAUGUGAUUUGCACCCGAGUUGCCGAACAAUUGCGGCAACGAGCGGAGAACGUUAUGGCUCGUAGAGAGGCCGUUGCACUACGCAUACACGAAAAGCACCUGGAAGCCCGGCGACUGGACGAGGAAAUUCUGAAGCUAAUGAAGGAAUCAAAACCUGUCCAGGAAUGCGUAGCAGUUGCUGAAGCUAGAGCCGCUGAACAGUUACAGCAACAAUCCGGUACAGAAACAAAGCAACAACAAUCUGCUGGUCAGGAGGAAUUGACCGGCCAGGCCAGUUUGAAUCAGCUUCCGUAUUUAUUAGAGAGACGUCGGUUCUUAGAACAGGAGAGACCUAAACUAUUAGCACUGAAGCGAACACUUGCUGAGUCAUUAGAUAGAAAUAACAUAUGGGACAUUUUACCCAACUUGAUGGAGGAGAAUAAAAUGAUAGACGACCCUCUGGAAUCCGCUGAAAUAGUUGAUUGAAAAAUUUUAGAUAGAUUUGU